AUGAGUUGUGGAGGAGGCAGGUCACUCCAGCUGGCCAACUUGGAGUCCGCUGAACCCGCCGGCAGUUGGGGACACGAAAAGCUGUUCUCCGUUUCGGCCACUCGUCGACUCUGGACUGCCGACCUGGCGACCGAUCGGCCUGCCGCUGGUGGACCUGAAUUAUUGGGAAAUUUUCCUCCACGAUGCACCAUUAACUGGUCCCCUCUUUUCCUCUCCCUCUCUCUCUCUCUCCCUCAAAUACAAACAACCACACACACACGCACGGUCUCCCUUUGGCCUCGACACCAUCAAGAGACAAGGUCUCGUCUGGAACUUGGUGCAACUGGCAUACCGACCUGUUUUAUCGCGUCCGGGGCUGGCCAGAAAACGGCUGGCUUACUUGCAAUGACUUGUAAGCACUGCAUUAUCGCAAAAGGUGCAAACCUGCUUUGCCUCCUCGAAUCCAGUAAACGUGUGACGAGGACGAUGCAGAAAACAUCUGCCAUCUUUGAGCUGGGACACGAUUCGACUACUGACAUCGCUAGACUCGGGCGUACAAGUGGCAUCAGACAGGCAAAUCAGGGCUUGAUGCUGAAGUAA